AUGUUGUGUAAAGAUCGAUCCAUAUGCACAUGUCGCAAAAGGAACCUUGAAAUUGAAGAGCGACCAGACGGUGAGCAAAAAAAAAAGAACAAAGAUGGAAAGAAAGAGAAGCUAGUGGAAGUAUCGAAGAUAAUUGAGGAAGAGAAACCUGAAACAGUGGAAGUAAAACGGACGAAAGCAGAGCUGGCUUUUCAGAAAAUGCAAGAAAAAAUGCAAACCGAGAGAAUCAAGCAAAAAGCUUCCAAGACACAUAAACAACGAGUGGAGGAAUUUAAUCGACACCUGGACAGCUUAACCGAACACUUUGACAUACCUAAAGUGAGCUGGACAAAAUAAACUCUCUUAUGUUUCUCAACAAUUCAUUUAUACAUACAUGUAUAUAUAAAGUAAAAAAUUAGUCUCAAUUUAUGUUAAAAAUAUAAA